CACGUAGAGCGGGUAGAGGGGUGAUGGUUUCGGGCCCGAAAGUAUUUUGGAUUUAUUCGCUUCUCUCUGUUGGAAAGCUUCACUUCGGCCGCUCGGUCUAGGUGAUUUCAAACGUGAGACUGUCUCUGUUUUCCAGUUCUGCCCACAGAGUCUUCGAGAAAGCGAGGAAAGAAGGGAAGAGCGUGCGCCGGUGACCGGCUCCGGCCUGGCGCUGCUGUGUGGGGUCGUUCUUGUCACUUUUGCCGCAGCCUUGUUUAAUAGAAGUCGGAACUGAUGUAUUGAAGGGCCCGAAAGAUUUCGAAGAUUUAUCGUUUGUAGACACGUGUACUCAUGUUUUGCGGACGAAUAUUUAAAUAUUGGAGUAGAGAGAGGCAAAUAGAAUUUUAAGGGAUUUCUGUGUAUUUCUGAAACUGAGCUUUGAUCACUGUCCCAACACCAGCAGCGAAAGAUUCGUGAUUGUGUCGUGCUGUCCUGGGCUUCAAUAUGUACUUCUCUUCUUGGUUAAGUCAGCUGUACAGGGGUUUAUCCAGACCCAUCGGAAGGACCACUCAGCCCAUCUGGGUUUCUCUCUCCAGAAAUCUAGUACUGAGUUCACAGAGGAAAAUUCCAGAAUUCAGUAGCUUUGUUGCCCGGACCAACACAUGUGGAGAGUUGCGUUCUUCUCACUUGGGCCAAGAAGUCACCUUAUGCGGAUGGAUUCAAUACCGAAGGAAGAACAUGUUCUUAGUCCUGAGAGAUUGCCAUGGACUUGUUCAAGUUAUCAUUCCUCAGGAUGAGUCAGCUGCCUCCGUGAAGAAGAUUUUAUGUGAAGCCCCUCUGGAAUCUGUGGUGCGAAUAUCUGGGGCAGUCAUUUCCCGGCCUCCAGGACAAGAGAAUCCAAAAAUGCCAACAGGAGAGAUUGAAAUUAAAGUUAAAACAGCAGAGCUUCUGAAUUCCUGCAAGAAGCUGCCCUUUGAAAUUAAAGACUUUGUGAAGAAAACAGAGGCUCUUCGUUUGCAGUAUCGGUACUUGGACUUGCGUAGCGUCCAAAUGCAGUACAACCUGCGACUCAGGUCCCAGAUGGUCAUGAAAAUGCGGGAGUAUCUUUGCAAUCUGCAUGGGUUUGUGGAUGUAGAAACCCCAACAUUAUUUAAGAGGACCCCAGGGGGUGCCAGAGAGUUUUUAGUACCAUCUAGGGAACCUGGAAAGUUUUAUUCUCUUCCUCAGAGUCCUCAACAGUUUAAGCAGCUUCUGAUGGUUGGCGGUUUAGACAGAUACUUUCAGGUUGCCCGAUGUUAUCGAGAUGAAGGUUCAAGACCAGACAGGCAGCCUGAGUUUACUCAGAUUGACAUAGAGAUGUCUUUCGUAGACCAGACUGGGAUCCAGAGUUUAAUUGAGGGUUUGCUCCAGUAUUCCUGGCCUAGUGACAGAGACCCUGUGGUGAUUCCUUUUCCUUCCAUGACUUUUGCUGAGGCACUGGCCACCUAUGGAACUGAUAAACCCGACACUCGUUUUGGGAUGAAGAUUAUAGAUAUCAGUGAUGUGUUCAGAAAUACGAAGAGUGAAUUUCUCCAGGACGCACUUAGGAAGCCCCAAGGAACCGUCAAAGCCAUGUGUGUCCGUGAAGGAGCAAAGUACUUAAAAAGGAAAGAUAUUGAGUCCAUUAGAAAAUGUGCAACUGACCAUUUUAAUCAGGAAGUAUUACCUGUAUUCCUGAAAGCCAACAGUAACUGGAAUUCACCAGCUGCCAAGUUCAUAGUGGAGGAGCAAAGAUUGGAAUUAACGCGAAUAAUGGAGACCCGGGAGGAGGACAUGGUGUUACUGACUGCUGGAGAGCACAAGAAAGCAUGCUCUUUGUUGGGGAAAUUACGACUGGAAUGUGCUCACCUUCUGGAAGGGAGAGGAGUGGUGCUUCGUGACCCCACCUGCUUCUCUUUCCUUUGGGUGGUGGAUUUCCCACUCUUUCUCCCAAAGGAGGGCAAUCCCAGAGAGUUGGAGUCAGCCCACCACCCAUUUACUGCUCCCCACCCUAGCGACGGUCACCUCUUGUACACUGCACCUGAAAAGGUUCGUAGCCAACACUAUGACUUGGUUUUAAAUGGCAAUGAAAUAGGAGGUGGUUCUAUUCGAAUUCACGAUGCAGAGCUACAGGGUUAUAUCCUAUCAACAUUACUAAAGGAAGAUGCAACAUUGCUUUCUCAUCUGCUCCAGGCUUUAGAUUAUGGGGCUCCCCCUCAUGGAGGAAUCGCCUUAGGGUUAGACAGAUUGAUGUGCCUCGUCACUGGAGCUCCAAGUAUCAGAGAUGUCAUAGCCUUCCCAAAAUCCUUCCAGGGACGUGAUCUUAUGAGCAAUGUCCCCGAUUCUGUCCCUUCUGAGGAACUGAAGCCCUAUCAUAUCCAAGUCUCCUGGCCAACAGACUCAGAAGCAGAAAAGAGAAAAGAAUCAUUCACACCAUCCAGAAAGUUGAGGGUUUUGUCCUCUGUGCUUCACCAAUGCUAAAAUCAGAUCCAGAUCUGCCACAAAUCUGACAAUCAAGUUUUUAGGUGGAAGUAACACAGGCAAUAUUUUUCACAAUAAGAAACAGAAGAAACCUGAUUUUGAUUUGAUAACAUGUACUUCUGGAGCUUUUAUUAAUUUUGGUUGAGUUUUUUGAAGUUACUUUUUACUUGCAGAGUGUAAAAGAUGGCUUUUUACUAGAGUAAUAUAGUAGGUUAAUGUUUUCUAAUCAUGUUUUCCAUACUCAGAUUAUUCAUAGGACAGAGAAAGUCAAAUCAUGAAGGAAAAUCCUUGCUUCUGUAGACAUGUGAUAGAGGGAGGGUUGUGGUUCAUCCAGCCUCAAGAGACUGAUAAAAUUUACGGUGAAAUUUCAACUAUCAACACAAUGUAGUAAGAAUAACAUAAUGCACAAAAUAUCACUGAAAUGAGACAAAAUCUUAUUCAGUGUUUCACUUUAAGAAAUUCUCACUGAGCUUCAUUUCCUACUUAUGUAAAAUGUAAACAGUACUUUCUCUGGCUACCUCAUAGCGCUCUUCUUGCCAAAUCAGAAGACAUUUGUGAAAAAUAAUAUGAAUGAAAAUAAAAAACUUAGGCCGGGGAUUUAGCUCAGUGGUUCCGCCACCUGCCUUGCAAGCACAAGGUCCUGAGUUCGUUCUCGGGUACUAAAAAAAAAAAAAAAAGAAAA